CUGGCUCUGGUCGCACUACCAAGAAGGUUAUCAUUGAAGACUGUGGUCAACUCUAAAUUAUUUAAAUAAAGCUUGUUUUUUAAAGACGCGUAUUUUUUCUUUUUCUUUUUUAUCAUGUCAGUCAUUAAAGGUGUAUUGAUAGACUUGAGUGGUACUAUCCACAUUGAUACAAAAGUGAUCCCUGGUGCUAUUGAAGCUGUUCAACGCCUAAAGGCAAGCAAUAUUCCAUUCAGGUUUGCUACCAAUACAACAAAAGUAUCUUCAAAAAGACUGGUUCAAAAACUUGCAAGCCUUGGUUUUCAAGUAGAAGAAAAAGAUCUAUUCACUUCCUUAUCUGCCUGUCGAGACCUAGUUAAGUCAAAGCAGCUCAGACCUUUGUUAUUGAUGGAAGACGAAGCCAUGGAAGAAUUUAGUGGCAUAGAUAGCUCAAGUCCUAAUGCUGUCGUCAUUGGCUUAGCACCUUCUAGAUUUAAUUAUGAAAAGUUAAAUGAGGCCUUUCGCUUAUUAUCCUCAGACUCAAAUGUUGACUUGAUUGCAGUUCACAAGGCAAAGUACUUUGCAGACAAAGACGAGAAGCUGUCUAUGGGACCGGGUGGAUUUGUGAAGGCACUUGAGUUUGCUUCGGGCACAACUGCCAAAGUAGUAGGCAAACCUACAGUUGAUUUCUUUCAAUUGGCUUUACAACAAAUAGACAUGCAAGAUAGACCAAACCAGGUUGUCAUUAUCGGUGACGAUGUUUCCAAUGAUUUGGGAGGAGGAGCAAAAGAAUUGGGGUUACAUCGAUUUCUAGUUCAAACUGGUAAAUAUCGUCCACAAGAUGCUGAAAAUUCAGAUCAAGAAGGUUUACGAGUGUUUAAAUCAGUGGUUGAAGCCAUUGACUAUGUCAUUGAUCAAUUUAAUGAAUGAGAUUGAAAUUUUUCUAAAAAAAAGGGGAGAACUGUACUACUUGCAAAACAGCAGGAUUAAAAUGUGCCUAACCUUUUUCUCUUUCCCCCUUUUUUUUUCUUUCUUUCUA